GAAUUUCACGGAAAAAUCAGACCAUUUCGAGUAGCAUGUAACGGUAGUGCUUUCGAAAUAAAGAAGAAGGAAAGGGAAAUUUUCAAAUUUAUGCAACAACUUUCAACAUGCACAGACGACAAUGUUGACUCCGAAAAUAGCAAAGCAAUUAAGGAGAAAAUCUUCCAAAGCAAGAAAGAUAUUGAACGCCUAAAUAGAAAUGUUGCUAAAUUUGCCGAAGGAUUGUUUCGAAAAAUCCUUGGUUAUGAAGAUAUGGAACAAAGUUUAAGAUAUGUGAAUGGCUCCGAUAUCUUACUUUGGGCGAUUUUUGCUAAUCGAAUGGAAAUAGCUGAAAUUAGUUGGCUUUUAAUACCAAACCACUUGUUUACAGGCAUAGCAUGUGCUGCACUGCUGCAAGAGCUGUCAAAAAAGGCAAAAGAAGCUAGGGAACAAAAUCUCGGAACAGACUUUGCUGAUUUUGCAAGGAUGUUUAACGAAAGAUGUAAAGCAAUGAUGGACUGUAUGUUUGAAGAGGAUGAGGACACUGCAAUAAAUCUUAUGGAUACAGACGUUACUAUUUGGGGUUUAAGAUCUAGUCCCCUGACCUUUGCCCACGACAAUUUUAUGUAUGACAUUGUAGCUCACAAUUGUUCCUUCGGGAACAUGUUCAAACAAUGGAACAAGGAUCUUGGUACAGAUAUUGUGUCCGUUUUCAAGUCCUUGAAAAAGAAUCCAAGAAAUUUUUUCACCGCUCCUGUCACAAAAUACAAAUUCAAUUACAUCAUCUUCUUCGUUAUAAUGGUGAUGUAUAGUGCCUUUGUAUUAACCAGCAUUGGGGACGAAUACUAUUCACUGAGCGUAGCAAAAGUCUUCGAAUAUUCUGUUUACUUCUGGGGAGCUGGAGAUCUAAUCGAAGAACUCAUAACAAUGUUUGGUUGUCCGCAGUCUGGAAGAGGUCGUUCACAGCGGAAAUAUUUUACAAGAGUUAAACGACAUGUAAACGACUUCUGGAAUUUUGUGGAUUUUCUAUUCUAUGGCCUUACGAUCUCAGCCUUGUUUGUACGCCACUUUCAUCCAUCAAAUAAUUUCACUGUUGCAAGAAGAUUGUUCUCACUGUCUCUCCUUGUGAUGUAUCUGAGGUUUCUUGAAUUCUUUCGUGUGAACCAAAAAAUGGGACCAACUCUUAUCAUGAUUAGAGACAUGUUGGGAGAUCUCAUCCGUUUCCUCAUUCUUGCUGUCUUUGUUGUACUUGGGGUAGGAAUGUACUACCACGCUAACUUAUGGCCGGAUCACCCGACUAUCUGGAGUGGAAAUUGGGUCAAUUGGAGGAUUUGGAAAAUAAUAUAUUAUCCUUAUUGGCAGCUAUACGGAGAAACUAAUAAUGAGUUUUUGGAAGGUAAGGAUCUGUCAAGCUGUACUAACGUGACGACCAUCUGGGAGAACGACACGUCCAUAGAAAGGUGCCCCAAGGAAGACUGGACUGUGUCCGCCAUAUCUGCCAUAUAUAUGCUGUUAUCCAACCUGCUUCUGGUGAAUCUUGUUAUCGCCAUGUUUAGUUAUACCUUUGAGAGAGUUCAACAGAAUGCAGACACGCUGUGGAGAUUUAACGCAUUCUCGGUUAUCAAUGAAUACGAGUGGAGAAUCCCGUCUCCUUUUAACCUGUUGUUUGCAUACCGAUUUUGUUGCCGUUGUAGAGCCAAAUGUGGAGUGUCAUUGUAUCGACCAUAG